CGGUAGAAGAGAGGGCGAAACUCUAGAUCGAGCCCAGCCUUGAGGUUAGGUAAUAAACUCAAAAACGACCCACGACCGAUGGAAAAUCUUCUGAAUUUUCAACAAAUGUCUAGUAGCCAGGAUCUGCGUUUCGACUUUUAUGAGAUGCAAAGGACGGACGGACAGAAUUAGGUGGUGAUUGGCGUUGCCUCUUACCCCAACCCUCGAUAGACAGACGCGGGCUUGCAUCUGUUCGCGACCUGGCACGCGACUACGUUGUAGAGCAAAUACACCAGUGGUUGUAGAGCAAAAGAGAGAUGUAAUACCAAGGAGAUGUGUAGUAGGAUUGUCGUAAACGCCACAAAGUUGGUCUUUCAGCAGAUCAGCUCAUAUCAAUCUCUCGAAGCAUAACAAAAUCUUUUUCAAAACUAUGAAUUUUUAUCUGAACAAAUCGUACGUAAAAUUUUUGAAAGAAGUAAGUCACCAGUUUUUUACCAUGUAGCAUUCUUCAUCAUCAUUUCGCAUAAGAACUACUCCGAGAUUUGUCAGAACAAGUUUGCACAUUGCAUACAAACACUCAGUUUCGUUUUUCAAAAGCUCUUACACAUUUUUUCCGCAAAAAAAGCAACCGCACCUACCGCGAACCACCACCCACGAUUUUCUCAGAGAUUCAACCCUGUACAAUACUUAACCUGCAAGAACGAAGUCACCACCCACGAUUUUCCCAAGGAUUCAGCCCUGUACAAUACUUAAUCUGCAAGAACGACCGGCAAUCGCAAUUGUUUCAUCUAGAAAACCAAAACCUCGUUUUUUUUCUUGAGUUCCUUGUGAGAUGUUGAGAGCAGCACUCGUUGUUGCUCGGCAUCUUCAUACUAUCCGAAGAUGUGGCGUCAAAUAUGGUAAAGCGUCCCCUGUAUCAAGAACAAAAAUCCCCCCUCCCCAUAUCAAAACGGAAAUCUGUGAUGCAGAUUUGUGGUCACAAAUCAGCUUUGUGAUGCUGGAAGGCAGAAGAUGCGGACUGUAGUGCUACCUAGCGUGGGAAAGUAGUGCGUCUCCAGCUUGACACGAGGCAACUGGAAGUGGGAAACAGCAUGACAAAUUGCCUGCAAUUCAGGCCACAACUGCGGCUCUUGGCCUUCUAGCAAUACAAGCCGAUUUGUGUACUCAAAUACAGCAUCACAAAUUUCGUUUCCGAUAUGGGGAGGGGGCAUUUUUCAUUGUAAUACCCUGUUGGUAACCCUAACAGCGUUUUAACCCUAGCCACAAACUGAAAUGGACUUUCUUCAGAAGUAUUUUUAACCCAAAAAGUAAGUAUGAUCUCCCCACUAAAGUAAUACUUGUUCCACCCGGAAAAAUAAACCCCCAUACGAUAAUAAAUUAUCGUCCCCAAGAACUCAAAAGGGAAAAGGAUAAAUUAUCGUCCCCGCUGUCCCUUUUUUUGUCAACUGUCAAAGGAUAUUAAACCCAGGAAAGACGCCUCACAUCUACUUAUACUUAUUUCAACCCCGUACGAAGCAAAUUAUUAUUAUUUUUAAUAUAAACCCCAUCCCAAAAGGAGAAAAAAAAACGGUUUUUCGUGGACCUGGCGGUGCG